UCGGUGGAUUUUUCAACAGGAAUCCAUCAACUUGUUGUGUUUACUUCAGAUUUCUUUCGGCAGAUCCUAUGAGUACUCAGAUGGAAGUCUUGCGCUGCUUCAAUUGCGACCACACCGGUAGAAGGCACGAGGAUUUUUUCAAUAUUACAAAAAUUCAUCCGUCAUUUGCUGAGAAAGCAGACUCGGAAAGUGAAGAACAAGAACAAGACAAGUUUUUGAGAGAAAACGCUUUCCUAGUGUGUGGCGAUUGCGUCUACGAUCGUCUGCAAGAGUGUCAUAGCUGUGCCAAGAAAGCGCCACUGUGCAUGUUCAAAAUUGCGGAGUGGUUCACUGACAAGAAAAAUCGGAUUUGUAUCGAUUGUGCCGCAACUCUCGAGGCGCUUGGAUUAUUUCAGACCGGCUAUCAUUCCAGUGUAAUCAUUCGCCAGUGCUCGGUUUGUCGCCAUUUUAAGUAUUUACCUUCGUUUAUCAGUUGGAGAAAGCAUCAACCGCACGAAACAUUGAAAGAUUGCUUUGAAUGCCAACUCCGGCGAGAUAUCGUGCAAUAUAAGAGGAAAGUUCGAGAUCGAUACGAAGAAAAACUUCAACAAGAACCUGUUCUUGGUGAUGACAUCCAACCGUCAAGGACAGGUGGCAAAGAACGGUUUGGGAAGGCACUCGCCCAACAGGGAGCAACUUACGCGUCUGUUGUUUCAAAAGGAUUCACUAAUGGUAAAUCGUCCUAUACUAAGAGCGACGAAGGCCAUUUGGGAACUAAACAAAACACUGCACAUCUAAACGUUCCGAUCGAAAGUGGGCAGCAGAGAGGAAAGAGUCUUAGCACUGGUUUGGAAGAAUGUUUUUGUAUAAAAGUACUUGAGGCUCUGAAGACUUCAUUCAGCCAGCUAGAGGAAAAAACUAAGCUAGAGCUCAAGCUUUUGCAAUCAGAUCCACAUUUUUGGAAGGUUGCACUGAGGGACAAACUUUUGAGAGUUUCACAACUAUUUUCGAGCCAGGCAACUGACCAGAUUCAGUUCAAUGAUGCAGAAUCACGAUGGGCUUAUCUUGGAACUUAUACAGCAGCCCAUGCUACCUUGAUUCAUGCUGUUGUGACGUCAGGUCAAUUUGAGCCUCUCACAGAGUUUGUAAGGAAAAGUCAAGAUCUAGAGAGGUUGCAAGUAUGCUGCCUUGGUGCAGGACCUGGUAGUGAGAUUCUAGGUCUCUAUCAGCUGCUUCCAUCCAAGACUCAGUGGUUACUUUUAGACAACUGUGAGCAGUGGUCACACACAGCUCAGAUUCUAUUGCAAGAUGUCUGCAAUGUAUCUUUCCAGUACAGUGCUUUUGACAUUUGUAACAGUGUCAGCCAUGGAAGCAGGGGAAAUUCACCACCAUCACCAAACUAUGCUUUCAAGAAGGCAAAGUUGUUCCUGUUAUCAAAAUUUGUGUCUGCUGUCCAGAAUCUUCCUGGAUCUUUCCAGUAUCUUCGUGACAUUAUUAAGCGAGCCUCUCGAGGGUCAUUAUUCCUUUUUGUGGACAAUGCUCACAUUCAAACCAAGAACUUCAUAGAAGACUUGAUAUUCCCUUCACAUGAUAGCACAGAGCAAGAGGAGUACAAAGAAAACAAAUCAUUUAGGUUGUAUACUACUUAUGCAGAACUAAAUUCUGAUCGUGAGGAAGGUUUAAAAUCGGCUGCUAUGUGUGAAUGGGUGAGUCUUAUCAGUUACUGGCUGGACAGGAACCCAAUACUGGACUUGAGGGUUAAUGUUCAUCUGGCUGUCAAAAAGGUGUGAGAGAUACAAACAGAAGAAGACAACAGCUACAGCCAUAAUUAAGUAUACCUGAUAUUUUAUAGUUUGUAAAGAGUGUUUUUUAUUUUGAAUUUUCCCUAAGGGAUAUAUUAAUGAAAUUUCUAUUUAUUGAACAGUAAUAUUUACUUACAUUUGUUUAAAAUCAUUUUUUUUUUCACUGUAUUUUGCCUGUAAUAGAGAUCUGUUUCAUGUGCUUUAUUUGCCUCAAAGGACCAGUACAUGAGGAUUCACAGAUACAAUUGCUAUCUCUUUAAAAUUCUCAUUUGUUAAUCUAUUAGAAAAGGGAGAGGCUUGGUGUUUUGGGUAUCUAGCAAACAAACAAACAAAAAGAAAUAAAAACCAAUUUCCUAGAUAACAAUAAGAGACUGGAAAAAAAAAAGCAAAAGAAGGAAAAAUGAAAAAAGAGUCAAUUG